AGAGUUGCAUGUGUCGGGCUCUUUAAUGUAAUUCUAAUUAUUAGUCGAUAAUAUGAUUUAAUUAUAAAUUGAGAAAAUCUAUAAUAAUUCAUCUAAAUUAUACCCAUUCGCUGCUGCUCUGUUUAACGUAUUCCUUUGGUUUCCACGGUGGCGUUGGAAGGCAUUUGGACGAAGUGUAACAGGCGGAGAAUGCUAAAUUGGGAGAAACAGGGGGGGGGGGAGUUGAGGGGAACAAAAAAGAGGGGUAGGAAAACUAAAAAUUAGCCAUUUUGUGAAGAGGCCAAUUCUUUUCAACAUGCACGAUCGUUCCAAAUUAGAUAAAAAAGCAACAAAAAAAAGGAAAAAAUUAGGAAAACAAUACGAAAUUGAAAUAGUAAAGAAUUGAGUUUUGCAUAGAACUUUUUGAAGGAAACAAGAGAAUUAGCAGUAGUCUCUCUCCCUCCAAGGAGAAGGUCCCUCCAAGGAGAAGGUCAGAGGGAGAAAGGACCAUGGAGAAACCAGUUGAUUUCUGAGGGGAAAAUUAGAUAGGAAGGAGGGAGGAAGAAGAAGAAGAAGAAGAGGGGAAGGAAGGGCGGGUUUAUCGAAAAGGAAGGGAAGGGUAAUGGGGUUUGACCUGCGCUAAUGUGUUCGAUUUGAUGUUGAAUUGAAUUGAAUUUUCUAUGUGAAAUAAGUUUCUGGAUGACUGAAACGUGUUUUCUUGUGUAGUCAAAAUUCCGUUGUGUUCAUCCCCUUUCAACUUCCCUCGUUUUGAACCUUCCCCCCUUACUUCCCUUCCGAUUUUCUCCUCUUAAUAGCAAAAUCCUCAGUCAUUUCCGCAGAAUCUCAAAAUCCCAAUUCAAUCCAUGUCUUCUUCUCUACAUAAUUCGUCCCUUUUGACCUGAUUUUUUACAUAGCUUUCAACUUCCCUGGAAAUUUGAACCAGAAAUUGAAUAUUGAUAGGCAUAUUCCGUCUGUUUCUUGGGUCAGCUUGGCAAAUCUUACGCUCUUUGUCCCAGAGAUCACAACUUGAUUGACAAGAUUCAGAUCAAUUUUAUUGCCCUUAAAACUCUCUUCACCCCAUUUCUUCGUUUCUAUUUGUCAAAUCGCAUAAGCCCUUUUGACCAAAAGUCAACUCCAGAUUGUGUUUUUUGUUAGAUCGGAUAGAUGGGCAAUUGUUGCGUAAUCCCACUUACAAGCCACUCCAAAGAGAAGAAGAACAGGAAGAAGAGGAGCCUAUUUUUUGGUAAUUAUGGGAAUGGAGGCCACCAUAAGCUGGUUGUAUUGAAAGAGCCAACAGGUAAUGACAUUCACCAGAAGUAUGUGCUUGGUGGAGAGCUGGGAAGGGGAGAGUUUGGGAUCACACACCUGUGUACGGACAAGGAAAAUGGAGAAACAUUUGCUUGCAAGUCAAUCUCCAAAAAGAAGCUCCUGACAGCUGUAGAUAUAGAGGAUGUAAGAAGGGAAGUUGAGAUCAUGAAGCACUUGCCUGUGCAUCCCAACUUUGUGACUUUAAAAGAUACGUACGAGGAUGAUACUGAUGUGCAUUUGGUGAUGGAGCUGUGCGAAGGUGGUGAAUUGUUUGACAGAAUUGUCGCGAGAGGUCAUUACACUGAAAGAGCUGCAGCCGCAGUCACAAAGACCAUUGUCGAGGUUGUGCAGAUGUGUCAUAAACAGGGGGUGAUGCAUAGAGAUCUAAAACCUGAGAACUUUCUGUUCGCGAACAAAAAGGAGACUGCUCCUUUGAAGGCCAUUGAUUUUGGGCUGUCAGUGUUUUUCAAGCCUGGCGAGAGAUUUACUGAGAUUGUGGGAAGUCCAUAUUACAUGGCUCCUGAAGUGUUGAAACGGAACUACAGCCACGAAAUAGAUGUUUGGAGCGCUGGUGUGAUACUUUACAUAUUACUUUGUGGUGUCCCACCCUUUUGGGCAGAAACUGAACAAGGAGUUGCACAAGCAAUCAUUCGAUCAAAUUUGGAUUUUAAGAGGGAUCCAUGGCCUAAAGUUUCUGAUAAUGCAAAAGAUCUUGUGAGAAAGAUGCUGAACCCAGAUCCCAAGAGUCGCCUCACAGCCCAGGAAGUGCUAGAUCAUCCUUGGCUGCAAAAUGCAAAGACGGCUCCCAAUGUGUCUCUGGGUGAUGCUGUAAAAGCAAGGCUCAAGCAGUUCUCUGCAAUGAACAAGCUGAAGAAAAGAGCUCUGAGGGUGGUAGCCGAGCACUUGUCGGUGGAGGAAGCUGCUGGAAUCAAGGAGGGGUUCCAGGUGAUGGACACUAGCAACAAUGGCAAGAUUAACAUCGAUGAGCUGAGAAUUGGCUUGCAGAAACUAGGACAUCAGGUCUCUGAGGCCGAUAUUCAGAUUCUAAUGGAAGCUGGUGAUGUUGAUGGCGACGGAUAUCUGGACUAUGGAGAGUUCGUGACCAUUUCGGUGCACUUAAGAAAAAUCGGGAAUGAUGACCACCUUCGCAAAGCCUUUGAAUUCUUCGACCGAAACAAAAGUGGGCACAUAGAGAUUGAAGAGUUGCGUGAAGCUCUGGCAGACGAUGUUGAUGCAAACAGCGAAGAAGUUAUCAGCGCCAUAAUACGAGAUGUCGACACAGACAAGGAUGGUAAAAUAAGCUACGAGGAGUUUGCGGCUAUGAUGAAAGCUGGUACAGACUGGAGGAAGGCAUCCAGACAGUACUCGCGAGAACGGUUCACCAACUUGAGCAUGAAACUAAUGAAGGAUGGAUCGUUGCAGGUGACCGAGGUAUGAUGGCGAAACCGAUCACCAUUCCUGACGGAACCAACCUGGGGAUUCUUUUCUUUCUUCAUCAGGAUCUUGUUUGUUUAUUCAUUCAGCUCAUUUUCUCAAGGCAAGGAUUUGUAGGACAUGAAAACGAGAGUGCAAAAGGGAUGAAAUGAGGGAGUAUUCGGUUUGAUUGAUAUUGGGUGGUAAAUAUGCUAUGAAAAAUCGAGGCAAGUACCAUAUAUGCAAAUUUGCGUCAUAACUCGUAAGGGCUUAAUGAGUGUGUUAUCAGCGUCAUUGUCAAGUACCAUUUAUGCAGACGAUUAUCAAGGACGUUCUACAUUCAAGGAGAUUGCAUCUGCAUGGCCAUAUUCGUCGAUGCCGAAUGAAGAAAUGCAUGUUUAAUUCGAGUGGUCAAUUAGUACUAGGAUAAAAUUAUAGUGACGGUGUGAAAUAAAUUGAUAAGUCGAGUGACCAAAUAGAAAAAAUGUCUUCACUACACUGAUGGAGAGAUUGGUGAGAAACAAAAUAUAAUUAGGGGCAUAUACGUUGGAUUGAAUUAGUAAAUACUCCGUAAAUGUACGUAUUUUAUUCGUUUAAAAUAUUCGUAUCAGUAUUAUUGUUAAGCCAUUUCAUUUAUUUCUGUUCAUUUGACGACUCUCAUACUAAACAUGUAUAAAAGCUGUAUAACACGUUUAAUAUCUGUAUUUAAUAAAAUAUAUUAUUAACUUUACUAUUUUUUAAAUAUUUAUUUAUUUAUAAAAUUAAUUAAUUUUAUAUAUUUAUGAAUAUUAGCGUACUAUUAAAUGUAACAUUAGUUAUGAGUCGAAAUAUAAUACCCAUACGUAUUUUAUACAUAACUUUCCUGUACUGUAUUUUACUAAGGGGUCGUUUGGAUGAGGAAUUCUAAUGGAUCAAUCUGACACAAUUGUCUCGUUUUGAGUCAAUUGUGCUACAUUGAUCCGUUUGGCAGCAGAAAAUUUGGAUGAAGCAAUUUGGACUGGGGAAUUCUGAAUUGACUCAUUUUGAGCCAAUUACAAUUGUCUGGGGUGGGGGCAGGUAAUCUGAAUUGACUCGUUUUAAAUGUCUCGUUUUGUAAAAUGAAACAAUUGGUCAAAUUGUCUCGUUUUACAAUUGAUCCAUCCAAACGACCCGUAAGAUUGAGAAAGAGUUCGUAUUAUCUCUGAUCGGAGAGGUGGGCGGAAUUUAUCGUAAUGCAUCCAUAGCGUUGGGCCUUCUGUGCAAAAAAGCCUCUUGAGCUGAUAGGCCCGUUUUAAUUCCUGACUUAGCCCGGGCUUGUAGGCUAUACAUCAACGCUGCAAAUCCAUGCAGAGUAGCGGCCCGAACGUAGAGGGGAAAUACACAUCACUAUCAUUUUAAUUAAAUAAAAAAUCAAUUGCAGAGGUUGUUAGAGCAAAUCAAUUAAUUGCUUGAUGAAUACAGACAAAUUUGUAUACUUUUAAGAGACUGUCUCGACGAUUUAGAAAUAACCCGUGCAUGAAAGAAGAAUCACUCCAAUAACUAGGGCGGGAAGUUUGGUACCGGUAUUUGAGAUAUACCAAAUACCAUAUCGAAUUUGUCUAUAUUUUGUAUUACCAAAUACACGUAUUAUUUCUUGGGAUUGGGAUUGGAAGUGAAUUUCAAUUGUUAUUCGGCAUUAGGAAUUACGAUAUUGGGAUCGGAUACCGAAAUAUAAGUUAGUGUUUAUUUUAUCCUAUCAGCUAGACUAUCUCAUUCACUACUACACAACACUCAACCACCAAGAGUGUCAUUUAAUUAUACAUAGAUCAUUUCAUCACUAUUUCACAACUUAGAAGCCCCCAUCAAACUCAAAUUUGACUUUAAAAUUUAAGUCACUCUCGUCUCUCACCUAAUCUCUUGUAAUUUUCGUAACACCAAAAUGCAAACACUAGUAUUAGUCGUCUCACAACCUCCAAUUCGCCAAAUUAAAGAUUACCAAUGACA